UAUUUUUUUAUUGCGUUAACGACCUUGCUUCGAUGUGGACGAGCUCACAGCCCACCUGUUGUUGAGUGGUUACCGAAGCCCAUAGACAUCUACAACGUAUAUGCCGCCAACCACCUUGAGAUAUGAGUCCUAAGGUCUGAGUAUAGUUAGUUUUGCUUCUACUUAGAGAAUCUACUAAUAAAGACAGAAUUGUUUGUGAUGGCAAAUAAUAUUCGAAACUGUACAACCUAUGGUAGUUAAUGAUGUUCGCGGGUCGAUCGCAUUUGUCCUGACAAUUGUCCACGCACGUACCUAAUCUAUGACGCCGUUCGCUCGGUCACCGGCGGCUCCAUGGAGAAUUGGCCAAGCGUAGCGAUGGUAUGAUUCGCUCACAUCGAUGCUCUCCCAUUGUUGUCCCCCCCUUGAUGUGAUUUAACUGAAUUAUGAUGCGAAAUGGUCACAAUUCGGUUGAUGCUGUCAAGUUGUGCACCCGUGCUGUGCUCCAGGUGUAACCGGGACUCUUUUGGCGUGAGUGGUGCUACGUCUUGUGAGACCCGUGCUACGAUUACCCCUUGUAGAAGCGAGUACCAGUGAAAAGCUCAAGUGCGUGAAUGAGCUGUCGGUGACGCGUGAUCUGCACAUCAGCCAGCAGGAAGAUGAAGCCGCGGGGGGCAAGCGUCAUGCACGCCUUCACAGCCCUCACUAUGCUAACUAUGGCCAAUGCCCAAACAACUUGUAACCAAGGUAUGGGCCGAGUUAUGUACGAGCGACUACCGAAUCAACAGUUACAUGGAUUUGACGAUGACGUUGUACGAGAAACUGCACCGCCAUUCCGCGUGUUGGAGAAAUGCCAGGAUCUAUGUUUACGUGAUAGAUCUGGAAACAGCCUAGUCAGGACCUGCAACUCUAUAGAUUUUCAACCAGGGGCCCGUAUAGCGGCCUUCAGUCCGGAACCAGAGUACGAGGAGUCAACAUGCUACUUAACCAGAGAGCAGGCUACACCUGAAGGGAUUGGGACUUUAAUGAUUGUCCCUAACAGUGUGCAUUUUAAUGAAAUUUGUCUCACGUCAAAUCGGCCUGAACGAGAAUGUCCGUCGCGUCGCUAUGUUUUUGAACGUCACGCACGGAAACGUUUGAAGCUACCGCCCUCAGACCUAAAGGAAAUAAUGGUCGCCAAUCGCACCGAAUGCGAGGACAAGUGCUUGGGAGAAUUCAGCUUUGUCUGCCGUUCUGCGACUUAUGAUUCGGCUUUAAGAACAUGCUCCCUCAGUAGAUUUACGAGACGCACCCACCCGGAGUUAUUGGAGGACGACCACAACGCUGAUUACUUGGAAAAUACAUGUCUUAAUGCGGAGCGCCGAUGUGACGGUUUAGCGGUUUUCAUCAAGGAAGAAAACAAACGCUUAGGUGGACCAUUCGAAGCCGAUGUAUUUUCGAACAUGACCUUGGAGGAAUGUCAGGCCAUGUGUGUGCGAGCUGAAAAGUACUUCUGCCGUUCUAUUGAGCACGACGCCAUGACUCGUCAGUGUGUUUUGUCAGAAGAAGAUUCAGUUUCACAGAAAGACGAUGUUACCGUCAGCGCUUCGCCUACGCAUCACUUCUACGAUCUCGUCUGCUUAGACAAUCUCUCUCAUCGGGUGACAGCUCGCGGCACGGAGUACCCGGAUAACAGUGUGACGUCACACCUGUUUUCACCUGGACGCCGCCCGGAUACCGCUUUCCAACGAUACAGAAACAGUCGGAUAACCGGGGAGUUUCAUUCAGAGAUAACAGGGCGGUCACUAAGCGAAUGUCUUGAUGAAUGCUUGAGGCAGACUAGUUUCCAGUGCAGGUCAGCGGUUUAUAGCGAUCGAGCUAGAACUUGUCGACUGAGCAGAUACAACCAGAAGGAUGGAAUGCGGCUACUAUACGACCCAGAUUUCGAUUAUUACGAAAAUCUUAUGCAUCAACUAGUAACUGGGGAGACAGAGACAGGAUCUGGGUCCGGUUCGCAGACACCCUGGGGAAAACCGACCACAACAGGCGGGAGUAGCAACAGUGAUCGAGAUAGAUACCCGCAAGGCGCAGACCGCUAUCCCGACGACGACCGAUACUCUGACGAUGAUCGGUACAGCAGCCGACCAGAUCGGUACCCAGAAGACCGGUACCCGGCUGGUUCGGACCCGGAUCGAUACCCACCGGGCGAUAGAUAUCCUGACGAUAGAUACCCCGAUGACAGAUACCCUCCUGGUGUUGGACCUGAAAGAUAUCCUGCUGAUCGAUAUCCUCCUGGAAUUGACCGAUAUCCUCCCAGCGUUGAUCGCUAUCCACCUGGCAUCGAUCGAUACCCAUCAGUAAUUGAUCGUUUUCCGCCUGGAGGUGACCGUUAUCCUCCUGGAAUUGACCGUUAUCCACCGGGAGCUGAUCGAUAUCCUGCGGGUAUUGAUCGCUAUCCUUCUAACGUAGAUAGAUACCCUGGUAGUCUCGAUAGGUAUCCUAGUAGGUAUCCCGCAUCCAACGGAGAACGGUUUCCUCUGGAUGGUGGACGCUAUCCCACUUACGAUCCAGUUCCAAAUGACCUCGGUAGAUAUCCUGCUGCAGAUCGGUACCCUAUUAGUAGAUACCCCAUCGAUGUUUAUCCAGAUAGAUAUCCAACGAAUAGAUACCCAGAACGCUUUCCUGUUCGUGGAAGAUACCCGUCCAGACCCGGGUGGUAUUCCAACCAAUAUUCUGAUAGGUUUGACCAAGACAGAUAUUCUGGUUCUGACUGGGGUCGUUAUCCUUAUAGUCGGUAUCCUAUUGGAGUAAAUAGAGAUCCCGUACCCCUGGGUGGGGAUCGUUAUCCGGAUAUGUAUGAUAAAUACCCACCAACUGGAUCUUCAUAUCCUGGGUACAGUCGUGGAGGCUAUUACGGUCAAGAUUUUCCUGGAGCAGAUCGUUUUCCAGACAGAGGCGUGAGACCAGGACCGGAUAGAUUUCCUGCAGAACCCAGACCCAGUUUUGGAAUACGACGACCAAUAGAGAGACCAAAUGGGUAUCGUGGUACUUAUCCACAGCCAGGCUUAGAAAGACCGAUUGGUGGUCCUACAUACGGUGGUUAUGACAGUGAUGGUCCUAUCGGUCCAAUCGGUGGUCCUGCAGGUCAGAUAGGCCCUGUUGGUGGAUCGAUAGGGGGUGUGAUUGGUGGUCCGAUUGGAGGUCCAAUUGGUGGUCCUAUAGGAAGACCACCGCUUCAGCGACCAUGGCAAGGCUCAAGAUGUGAGGAGGACAGCUUCAGACAAGUUGGUAGACAACGCAUGCAGCGAAAAUAUGUACGUCGGUUUACGACAGCCCAGUCUUUGGCUCAUUGCCAACGAGAAUGCAUUGAAGCUCGUGACUUUAUAUGCCGAUCGUUCAACUUCAGGGACGUGGGUUUUGGUGUUGAACCACGUGAUAACUGCGAACUAAGCGACCGUGAUACCAGAGAGUUGGACGCAGCGAACCCAGCACAUUUCGACAAUACCGCCAAUGAAUAUGACUUUUAUGAGAGAGCUCUUGGACGCAUGGCUGAAGAAUGUUUGGAUGUAUCACAGGUCUGUAACGAAGAUGGAAUGGAGUUUACCCUUCGACUACCCGAAGGAUUCUACGGUCGCAUUUAUACAUACGGAUUUUAUGACAGAUGCUUCUUCAGGGGCAAUGGUGGUGUGGUUAAUUUAUUGCGUAUAUCUGGGGCCCAUGGUUACCCGGAAUGCGGUACCCAAAGGUAUGGAGAUACCAUGACGAACAUUGUAGUGGUACAAUUCAGUGAUAAUGUUCAAACGUCUCGAGACAAAAGGUUCAAUUUGACCUGUCUCUUCCGGGGACCGGCAGAGGCUGUUGUCACCUCCAACUACAUAGGGGCAGGAUCGGGGAGCCCUAUACCCAUUGAAUAUCUACCGGAAGAAAGCUCUCUGAACUCUAAAGUUCGUCUCAUGAUCUUAUAUCAAGGAAGGCCCACGACCACAAUAGCCGUCGGCGAUCCGCUUACAUUUAGACUCGAAGCUCAGGACGGAUAUAAUUAUGCGACAGACAUAUUCGCUACGAAUGUGAUCGCUAGAGAUCCUUAUUCAGGACGUUCUGUGCAGCUAAUUGAUAGAGUUGGAUGUCCAGUGGACCCGGAUGUGUUCCCGGAAUUGGAUAAGGGUCGCAAUGGUGAUUCCCUCGAGGCCAGAUUCAACGCAUUCAAGAUACCAGAGUCUAAUUUCCUAGUGUUUGAGGCGACAGUUCGCACUUGUCGGGAUGGCUGUCAACCGGCGUACUGUCCGAGUCACACCGGUCGUUCGGAGCCUUCGUUCGGGAGACGACGUCGUGACGUUAACGCAACAAUCAGCUUUGAGGGCAACGAUACAGUAAUACCGAAGUCUGAGGACGCAAAUAAAACUGUAGAUAAACCUGACAAUAAUGAGGGUGCAGUCUAUAAGGUGUCAUACGAGGAAGCCGCUGUCGAUAAAUAUCUCAAGGACGAAGUCGAGACACCGAGUCAUGUCAGGAAAAUGAUUGAAGUGUUCGACAAUCGCAACGAGCUUCUAGAAGAGAACGGUUCGUCGGAUUCGUCUCCGGUUGUUUCGGCCGUCGGUGUAUGCGUUUCUCCUUACCAUUACCGCAGUCUGCUCGUCGCUCUCUGUGUACUACUGUCCUUAUUGUUGGCUAUGAUGACUGCUGCGCUUUACAUUUACAGGCGUUAUUGGAGAGUCGUUCGAAAGAAUAUUCAAGCAUCAUCGGCAGCUCCACCACUGCGCCCUGUAACUCCUGGACCCAGACCUACGAGACCUUCCUUAUUCUCGGCUUCACAUUUACACAAACCAUUCUCGCUCAGUGGUCUUGGAAGAACAUUUGGGGAAGGUGAGGAGGCCGGCUCAUCAGGUCGUCUUGCAAGCGCCUUUGACGACGGCAGCGAGCCAAUUUACACGGAUCCUUCGCUUUUCGAGCGUUCACGAUCCCUUCGCUCUCUGCACUCUCUUGACAUGAAACCCGAACGUCGCGACAAUCGACAAUAACUCACAUUAGAAAUAUACAUCACACUCGAUCGAUUAUGUGAAUAUCUGCACUGAUUCUGUUUUGAUGGGUUAACUUGUAAUGAAGAAUUGUUUUGUUAAAGUCCAUAAAUAAUUAAUUUCGUUUUAUAUUUAAUUCAUAAUUGUAUCGAACUAGCUAUCUGUGAAAUCCAUUGCGACAGAUAAUGACAAUGGUAACCGAAUCGAUUUUCUUAGAAAUAUGUUUUUUUUUAAUUUUCUAACGUAACUAGAGAAUGCAAAAGUUUCAAAAUAGCUCCGAAUACACGGAAUAAUGAGAAUUAUCAUAAAAUUACAAAUAAAAUGCAAAUUUUGAUUUUACGUAUUUUUUAUAUGGAUCGAAGGAUGGUAUAUUAAAAUCAUUAUAAUUUAAUAAGAUACAAUCAACUUUUCGUUUCGGUGCAGAUUUUCAUAAAAUACAAUAUUGAUUUAUUAAAUUUAAUUUACUGUAAAAAGAAUUAACGAAAAGCAAUUCUAAUAAAUUAACGCAACUGCCAUAAACAUGCUCAGAUUCCGUGAAAUGGCUAUUAACAGAAGUUAACAAGAAUGCUUACGAAUUUUUAUUUUAAAAUUUUUCAUCAUGUUUAAUUAAGCUGCUACUAAUAAAUGUUUUGCAGUAAA